ACAUAACUUAACCUCUUUUGACUUUUUCAGUUAUAGACAUGGAAAAAAUAGAAGAAAAACAAGUGAUGGAGGUAUAUAGUACCGACGUAGAACAAAAAAGUAUCUUUUCUUCCAAUCCGAGGUUUAAGGAAAAAAGAUCGUUAUCGUUUAAUCUGCUCCCAUUCAGACUUAAACAAAAGUCGAAAAGUAAGAGAUGUUUGUCUUCCUCCGAUAUAACUAAAAUCGAAGAACAUAUUUCUGAACCAGAAUCUGACAAAGUGAUGUUAUCAGAUGACUUCAGUACCAGUUCUAGUGAGGACGAGGACAGUGAAUGUGGAUAUGUCAAUAUUUCAUUUGAAAAAGAGGUUAAUGGUCAUGCUCUUCUGUACAAGACUUUCGGGUGUCACGGAACCAGGGACGGGAAUUUGAAAGAUGGGUCUGAUAUAAGCUACAUGAGUCAAGGGAGGUGUGUAGUAGCCGAUCUACUCAAUUGUCGACUUAGCAUAUUUUCAAAAUCAGGAAGAAAUACUUUGACAAUACAAAACGAAGAUACAAUCGAACCUUGGGGGGUAACAGUACAUGAAGAUAUCGUCCUUGUGACCUCUAGAAGGAAAAGGUUAGUACUUAAAAUGUCACAGACUGGUGAUUAUGAAGAGUCGUCUUUCGGUGAUUCAUUAUUCCAGGAUCCAUGUGGUAUCGCUACAACAAAGGACCAUAGAAUCAUUAUUACAGACAUCCAGUCAAUGAAAGUUUCCAUUCACGACUGGAGUGGCAAAUGGUUGGACGAUAUUUGUCUGCCUGAUAAUCAUGGUCUUCAAUUUAAAACACCCCGAUAUGUGACGGUUUCUCCAUUAGGCGAUAUCAUUGUGUCCGAUUCAGGAAAUCAUCAAAUUUAUAUAUUUUCUUCAAAUGGAAAUUUCAAAAAAACAUUUGGGUGUUAUGGUUCGAAUGAUGGACAACUAAAGGUCCCUUAUGGUAUAUGCUGCGACAAGUUUGGAAAUAUAUUUGUAGCAGAUCAUUACAAUGAUAGAAUUUCGUUUUUCUCAAAAGAUGGAGAAUUUGUUCGCCAAAUUAUCACCAAACAUGACGGAAUCUUUCAUCCACAAGGCAUUUCAAUCUCACCUGAUAUGAAACUCUUCAUUACGCAUGGAUCUUUGAAGGCACGUGAAGUCAAAGUAUUUAAUUUAAUAUCAAAAUCCAAGGUUACAGAUGUUAUACCUGUGUUCCAUCUAUAGAAAACGCAAGAUAGUUUUAAGAAUAAGAUAAAGUAUAAACAAUUUAUCCCUUUUAGAAUGUGACUAAUGUUAUCUCAAUAAACUUUGCCUUUAUUUUGUAACUAACUAUGCAACGUCAGUUAUAUUCUUAAACAUAUUCACAAGGAAAUGUUUCCGCAUGGCAAUACAUUCUUUUAAGUAAAUAAUAAUUUAUUUGAAAACAAUAUCUAUAAAUAUAGACAGAUUUUUGUAAUUUACAGAGAUGAAAAACGAGGUCAAUGCAAAGUCAUAACCCAUUAGUACUUUGAUAGUAAC